CCAGAAGCUGGUUUUUUUAACCCGUCAGGCAAAGAGAGAAGAAGACGAAAACGAAACUAAGUUAAUCUUUAGAAGACACGCAAGACCGUGGAGCAGAACCGUUAUCAUCCAACAACAAUUGCUCACAGAUGUGACCCAACUUAUUAACCUUUUUUUUUGGAUGUAACUCUCCAAGCCCUUACUCACUUGCCGGAGUCACCAGUUUUCUCUGGAUCUGAACAAGCUAGAGGUUCUCCGCUACAAAGGGUGUUGCUAAGGCUUUGAAGAAGGACAACACUGCUGAAGUGAAACUAGACAAUGGAAAACUGCAAAACAGACUGCAUCGAAAGGCCUCUGGCUCUGGCCUUUGCAAAACUUGGUUGUUUUGUUGGUAGACAUCCAUGUGUGUUUCUUUUAUUAACUAUGUGUGUAGCUGUUUUCUUUGGAGCUGGUUUCAAGUUUCUUAAAGAGAGGGAGUCAAAUGAUAUUGAAGACCAGUUCACACCUGUCAAUGGACCUGCCAAGUUGGAGAGGGCGAUUGUGGUGGAAAAUUUCCCACAAUCUGAAGAGUUUUCUCAGUUACAGCUUGCGUCUGAAGGCACUUAUGCCUCUUUGAUCAUCACAGGCUUGCAUGGAAAAAGUAUAUUAACUGAAGCAGCUUUUAAUGAAAUUAUUGAGUUAGACAGACAAGUGAAAAGUUUAGAGACAGGAAACACUUUUGAAAACCUCUGUGCCAAAACAAAGGGAAGGUGCAUGUCAAAUGCAAUUUUAGACAUGUUAAAUUACAAUGCUACUAAAGUAGAUUCUUUAACUCUAACAUAUCCGAUGAAUAAUGGCACAUUUUUGGGAACAAGUAUUGGUGGUGUAGAGCUAAAGCCAGAUGGUUCAAAGAUAUCCAGUGCAAAAGCAGUCAGGCUUUUUUAUUUUCUAGAUGAGGAGAAGAUAAAUGAAAACUCUGACUGGCUUAAUGGCUUUCUAAAACUCCUCUCAAACUACACAGAACAGAAAAUGGUCCAUGUGUCUUAUUUUACAUCAGUAUCAAGACAGAAAGAGUUGGAGACCAAUUCAGACUCUGUCAUCCCCCUCUUCUCUUUGACGUAUUUCCUGGCCAUUACAAUUUCGGUUCUGUCUUGUUUAAGGUUAGACUGUGUCAGGACAAAGGUGUGGGUGGCCACGUUUGGCGUCCUCUCUGCUGGUAUGGCAGUGUUGGCCAGCUUUGGACUACUGCUGUUCUGUGGGAUGCCGUUUGCCAUGACUGUGGCCUCAGCUCCCUUUCUGAUUCUCGGUGUUGGUGUUGAUGACAUGUUCAUUAUGAUCUCCUGCUGGCAGAAGACUGAAGUUAAUAAAGACGUUGAGGUUCGCUUAGCAGAAACGUAUAAGGAGGCCGGCGUGUCCAUCACGAUCACCACACUGACGGAUGUGCUGGCUUUCUACAUCGGUCUCCUCACUCCAUUCCGCUCAGUUCAGUCUUUCUGCAUGUACACCAGCACAGCUCUUCUGUUCUGCUACGUCUUCAACAUCACCUUCUUCGGCGCGUGUCUCGCCCUGAACGGAAGGCGAGAGAAAGGAAACAGACACUGGCUGACCUGCAUGAAAGUCCCAGAAGCCACCGGUGAUGAUAAUGUUUGUUGUGUUGGUGGGGCGUAUGAUAAAGACACACAUAAAGAAUUUGACAUGCCAAUGGAAUCAUUCUUUAAAAACUAUUAUGGCCCUUUUCUGACAAGAGUGUGGGUUAAGGCGCUCGUGUGUCUGAUCUAUGCUGGCUAUUUGGCAGUCAGUAUCUAUGGAUGCUUCCAAAUGCAGGAAGGUCUAAAUCUGAAACAUUUAGCGGCAGACGGCUCAUAUGUUGGUGAUUACUAUGACAAUGAGGAUGAAUUCUUCUCUGAUUUUGGUCCUAAUGUCAUGUUAGUUAUUAAGAAUGAGCAUUUUCAGUACUGGAACCCAACUGCUCGCAAAAGUCUUGACUUGUGUUUGGAACAUUUUCAAAAUCUGACAAUGGUAGAUCCAGACAUUCCACCUAUUUCUUGGCUUCAUAUAUACACGCAGUUUGGGCUAAAGGCUCGUUUUGAUGUAGACAAUGAAGCACAAUUCAAAAGCCAUUUAACUGCAUUUCUUAAUCAUUCUGGCUUUAGUCAAGAUGUUAAUUUCACUAACAAUCACAUUCAUGCAUCACGUAUGUUCGUUCAGACAGUGAACAUCCGGACAGCAAUCGAUGAGAAGAACAUGUUGAAUGCAUUUAGAGAAACCGCAGAAAAAUGUGGGAAGUUGCAGACACCCGUUGAUCUGAUUGUGUUCCACCCUGCAUUCAUCUAUUUCGACCAAUAUGCCGUCAUCAUCAGUAAUACAAUCCAAAAUAUUUUUGUUGCUACAUGUGCGAUGUUAGUCAUUUCACUCCUGCUGAUCCCAAACCCACUCUGCUCUAUCUGGGUGACAUUUUCCAUCGCAUCUGUCAUCGUGGGAGUGGCUGGUUUCAUGGCAUUAUGGGAUGUUAGUUUAGACUCUGUGUCUAUGAUUAAUCUUGUUAUCUGUAUCGGGUUUUCUGUGGACUUCUCUGCUCACAUUUCCUAUGCAUUUGUGUCAAGUGAAAAAUCCUCAGCAAAUGAGAAGGCCACGGAUGCCAUUAGUAAACUGGGUUAUCCGAUUGUUCAGGGUGCCGUGUCCACUAUCGCAGGUGUGGUGGUGCUUGCAGCUGCCAAAAGCUACAUCUUCAGGACGUUCUUUAAAAUCAUGUUCUUAGUUAUUCUGUUUGGGGCCGUCCAUGGCAUCAUAUUCAUACCUGUGUUCCUCACCUUCCUCGGCACUUGUUGUAAAAGUCAGGAAAAAAAAAAACAAAAUCUAACAGAGCACAGUGACAUGAUUGCCUGUACUCAGCUUGUGAGUCAGAAUAAGUGUCCUGAUUCUAUUAACUGAGCUUACAUUUCUGACAUUUUUAUCUGUAAAAUUUAUUAAGCACUGUUAAUUUCUGUAUAUAGGCUUGUGCUCCAGUUUCAGUUUAAUUACAAAAUAAAUGUAACUAAUCUGUUACAGCUACUGAAAAAAAAAAUGUGUAAUUAAAUUACAGUUAGGAAAAUGACUGUACAAGUAUUAUAUAUUUAAAAAAAAAAAAAAAAAAAAAAAAAAAAAAAAAAACUGGCUAAAGAUUUUGUGGUGGUUGUGCUUUAAAAUUAAAUUACUUAAAUCUUAAUUCAAGUGAUGAAGGGUUUUCAAUGUCUGACAGUAAUCAGUGUUUCUGUAAGGUUAACCGUGCCUGGUUUAAAUGUUUCAAAAUGAUGGGUUUUAAACAUUUGUUACAAAUUUAGAUUGGAUUGAAUUGGUUAAACUUUAUUUUAUUAUACAGCAGCACAUACCACACAAAAUGUAUAAUAAAUACAAAAGUAAAAUAUUAAAACAUUCACAACAGCAGCAAUUUGUUUUCCAGUAGCAAUUUCACAAGGCAUUAUGAGUAUUACACACAAAUAGACUAUAAUGCAAUUAGGAAAGUAAUCAAAAAGUAAUCAAAUGUAAUAAUUUAUUUACAUUACAUUUGUAAUGUAAUUACAUUAUUUACAUUAAAAAAGUAAUUGAAAUAAUUACACUACAUAUUAUAUUUUAAAUAAGGCAACUUAUGAUUUGUAACCUAUUACAUUUCCAAUGUAACCUUUCAAACACUGUUUGUAAUCCAGUUACAUUUAAGUACAUUGAUUAAACCACAUUACUCAACACUGGAAGUUGUAUUUUUGGUUUUAAAAGAAUUUGAUCUCAGCGUAAUUGUCAAUGAAGUGAAUGAGUAAUUUAUGAUAGUAUAUGUGUGAAUGCAUAAACACCUCUGCAGCUUAUGUUUUCUCCUGCAUCUUGAAGAGUAAUCCAUCUAUUCUGUGCCUUAAUGUAAUAUAAUACAUUUUAUACUUUUCUGUUUUUCUUAUAUCUUAUAUCUUAUACUUAUAUCUCUUUUUUUUUUUUUUUUUUUUGUGAAUUUCCUAUGUAGUAUCAUGUAAUCUAUGUUUGCACUACGCACUUUCUGCAAUGGCAGCUCCUGUCGGUAUGUCAAAUAUCUUGUGAUUGUAAACAUUUGGCAAUAAAGCUUUUUCUGACAUCUGA